GGGACUACAUCUCCCAGCAUGCCGCCCGCGGCCCGGAGCGAGGCGAGGCUCGGUGAGUCAGAGCCGCACAGUAAAUAUUUGUAUUAGCCGGAGCCGGCUCGCUAAUGGUGGACGCGUGAGGCGGAGGAGAGCGCCGUGGCGGGAGGCUGGAGCGGGCAGGCGGCGGCGGCGCCAUGUCCGUGAACAUGGACGAGCUCAAGCACCAGGUCAUGAUCAACCAGUUCGUGCUGACGGCCGGCUGCGCGGCCGACCAGGCGAAGCAGUUGCUGCAGGCGGCCCACUGGCAGUUCGAGACGGCCCUCAGCGCCUUUUUCCAAGAGACCAACAUCCCGUACAGCCACCAUCACCACCAGAUGAUGUGCACUCCUGCCAACACCCCCGCCACGCCCCCCAACUUCCCCGACGCCCUCACCAUGUUCUCCCGCCUCAAGGCCUCCGAGAGCUUCCACAGCGGAGGUAGCGGCAGCCCGAUGGCCGCCACGGCCACGUCGCCGCCGCCACACUUCCCGCUCACCGCCACCGGCAGCUUCGCGGCGCCCGGCUGGCCGGCCGCGGCCUCACCCCCAGGGGGCGCACAGCACCACCAGCCGCCGCAGCCGCCCCUGUGGACUCCGGCCCCCCCUUCCCCGGCGUCAGACUGGCCGCCCCUGGCCCCCCAACAGGCCGCCUCGGAACCCAGGGCCCACCCCGCCAUGGAGGCCGAGAGAUAAGGGAGGCCCCUCCCCCCUCCCGGAGGCCAGGACCCCGUGGGGCGGGGGAGAGGACGUCUCUGCGGGCCCCCUUCACCCUCUGUCUGCACCCCUUUUCCCCGGAGCCCUGGAAGGGAGAGACCGGACCCUCGAGCCAGCCCACAGGCUGCCCGCACGCGUGCCCUGCGGCACAGGCCUGCGGCGCCCCGCUUCCAUGGAUUUGGUUUCGAGUCACCUGGGUGCUGAUGGACAGAAGCUCGGAGAACAAGCAGCCUUCCCCAGAGGACUCGCCCGCCCUGCCCCGCCGACCCCGGGGGCAGCGGAGCAUCGCCACGCCGGAGACGGGGCUGGCUCUUGCCUUGGAGCUCCCUGGGGCCGGCGGGCCUAGAUCCCCACCCUCCGGAACGCAGAGCCUUCUCCGCAUGUGUGCGUGUAGCUGUGUCUGUGUAUUUAUACGUAUGUCGCUCUUCGAGAAGCAACCUAGUUUAUGGGGCAGCUGGACUUUGCAUGUUAGAGUGAGCCCCCCUCGCCCGCCGCCCCUCCCCCCAGGGCCCUGCCCCUCUCCGCUGCUCCCUGGGCAGCCAGCCUUGCUCUUCCCUGCAGAGAAAAGGAUUGUGGGAAACUCCAGGACUCUUCCCACCCAUCCCCCAGCGCCUGCCUGCUGGGGCUGCCUGCAUGCCUCCCCAGAGCCCGGGGGUACCCCAUCCCCAGUUCCUUUCCCCCUUUUAACAAAGGAGAAGAAAGAGUUCCAAACCACCA